GACUAGUAAUAAUAACACUUUGUUAUUAUAGGCUUUCCAUUUCUUCCGACCGUUAUAAUCCCCUCUUUCCUUUUUCUUCGUCUCUCUCCAAAAACACACACAUACUCUCUCUCCCUCUCUCUCGCUGGAGUAAAAUGACGGUGGGUAACAACGCAGCUGCCAGGCGAUGCAAGAAUGCAAUCAAGUUCGGAAUCUCACUCUUCUGCAACUCCUUCAAUUCCUCUAAAUGCAAAACUAUGACGAAAAUGGCGGUGGCUCGGAUAAAGCUACUAAGGAACAAGAGACAAGUUGUUGUGAAGCAGAUGAGAAGAGACAUCGCUUUGCUUCUUCAGUCUGGCCAGGACGCUACUGCUCGUAUUAGGGUUGAACAUGUUAUAAGAGAACAAAAUGUUCUAGCUGCAAAUGAGUUUAUUGAGCUCUUCUGUGAACUGGUUGUGGCAAGACUAUCCAUCAUAUCUAAGCAGAGGGAAUGUCCACAAGAUUUAAAAGAAGGGAUAUCAAGUUUAAUUUUUGCAGCACCUAGGUGUGCUGAUAUUCCAGAACUAUUGGCGAUUCGAGACAUUUUUGAGAAGAAAUAUGGAAAAGAUUUUGUAUCCGCGGCUACUGAUCUACGACCUAGCUGUGGUGUAAAUCGCAUGCUUAUUGACAAGCUCUCUGUUAAAACACCUUCCGGUGAAGUGAAAUUGAAAGUCAUGAAGGAAAUAGCCAAGGAGUAUCAGGUUGAAUGGGAUACAACAGAAUCUGAAAUGGAGCUUCUUAAGCCCCCAGAAGAGCUUAUAGAUGGACCAAAGACUUUUGUAAGCGCAACCAGCUUGCCCAUAAAGCCUCUACCAAACCAAUCUAAUACUGAACCAACAGCAACAACCAGACAUUCUAAUAUUGGACCAACAGCAGCAACUAGAUAUUCUGAUGGAGGGAGGAAUUCCAUGCAAUUUGAAGACACAGCAUCAGCUGCUGAAGCAGCUGCUGAGUCUGCAAGGAAAGCAAUUGCUGCUGCAGGAGCUGCUGCCUAUUUGGCCAACAGAGACUCCUACCAGACCAGUCAAGGAUUUGCCUUAAAUGGUGAUGUAAAUGUUUAUAACCAUCAUCCUGAAAUGGAUACUUUUUCUGGCAAGAACAUGAAGAGUCCAGUUUCUGAAAUUUCUCAAAAUUCUCUGCCAAAGGAUCUUCACACUCAAACCACAUAUAGGAGACACAGCUACAAUGUUGCUCCAUCCACGUAUUCAGAAGAUGAAUCAGAGUAUGAUGAAGAAAUCGAAGUCGAAGAUCCUACAAGUGAUGCCAAUCGACGCCAUAGAAGUCCUACUAAUAUGAACCCAAAAAUGACUCACAGAAGGCACAGCUACAAUGUCCAGCCUAAAGAUACAGGUAUUAAGUUUGAUGAAUCAGAUUGUGAGGAUGAUUUUGAGAGGGAAGAGCCAACAGGAGGCAAAUAUCUACCGCCAAAUCGACCUGCACCAGAAGUACCAUCAUCUCGUGUUAACUCUACCCAUCGUGUUCAUCCCAAGUUGCCAGAUUAUGAUGUACUCACUGCUCGAUUCGAUGCUCUCAAGUUUCCCAAAGUUUAAGAUGAAAAAUAACUGAAUUGCUUGCGGAAGAGGAAGGUGCUCAGUAUUAUAUAUAUAGAAUCUCAUACUUUUAAAUAUGUUUUUGUACUCUCUAGUAAGCUAUACUUGGAUUGUAUAUGUUCUUGUUCUUAAAUGUAAUAGCUGUGAUAUAUGGGUUACUUGGAGAAGAUUUGCAUCAUGUUUGGUUUGGUUUGCCCCAUCAAGUUUUACUAUCAUUUUUAUCA